UAAUAAAACAAUAAAAAGUACAUUAAUAAAUAAUUUAAAUUAACAAGUUAAAUUGCUUUUUUUUUAAAAAAAGCAUUUUGGCAUUCCUUUUCUCUCUCUAUUUGCCAGAUGCUUUUCUUUGCCGUUUUGCCAAAAGCUUUUCUUUAUCCAUUUGUCAAUCGAGUUAAAAAAUGCCAUUGGACAGUACACACGUGGGAGCAACCAAUCAACUGUCGCCUCAAUUUGAAGCGCCAACUGUCACUGGACAGUUCGAGAUCAAGGCUUUAUCCCGCUUUCUGUGGGCUUCUGAGGCGCCAUUCUUGAACAUUAUAAUUGUUGUGCAAAAAUGUCCGGUGGAUCUGAUCGUGUUUGGAGAGGGAUAGUGGAUGAUUUGCUAGCUUUAGCUGAUUUCUGCGAAAGAAAUUCUCCUCCUGAUUAUCAUUUUGUAUAUAGGAGAGUUUCACAGUUGAGGGAAGACGUUGCAAACGCAGCGGAAAAUUGUGGUUGUACAAUAAACGGAAGGAUUUGGGCCACGUUUGAUGAGGCACAGAGUGUCAUUCAACGACUGAGUCCCUCGGACUGUAGCAGCCGUCACGCUAUUGCAGUUCCAAGCAUUCUUGAACAACACCAGUCGUUGGAUGUACCAGCAGAAGAAACGGCAAGAUGUAUCGGUGUGUCGCUAAGGACAGUCCGACGAAAACUUGCACGUGAUGGCUUAAGGAAACGUGACUUGUACACCUCCAUUACGAAUGAGGAGUUGGAUAGAAUAGUGUCGGAAAUACACCACAGAUACCCCAAUGCUGGCUACAAGAUGAUCUUGGGACACAUAAGAUCCAGGGAACUUCAUAUUCAAAAACACAGGGUUUUAGCAUCAUUAAGACGAGUAGAUCCGGAAGGAAUGGAACUGCGCAGGUUACGUCUUAGGACAGCCCGACGCCGACGUUACAGUGUACCAGCUCCCAACAGUGUGUGGCACAUUGAUGGGAAUCAUAAACUUAUUCGAUGGAGAAUUGUUAUCCAUGGGGGAAUUGAUGGUUUUUCCCGGCUUGUGGCGUACUUAAAAGUUGCCACAAACAACAAGGCUCAAACAGUGCUGCAAAGCUUCCUGUCUGCUGUACAAAUAUAUGGUGUUCCCUCUAGAGUGCGUUCUGACAAGGGGGGAGAAAAUGUAAUGGUUGCCCGCUUCAUGAUAAGAACCAGAGGAGCAAACAGACAGUCACACAUCACAGGAAGAAGUGUGCACAACCAGAGAAUUGAGCGGUUGUGGAGAGAUGUCUUUGACCAAGUAACAGACCUCUUCUACACCACCUUUCGUCGGUUGGAAGAUGAAGGAUGGCAUAAUCCGGACCAGGAAGUGGAUUUGUUUGCCUUGCACUGGUCUUACAUACCACAAAUUCAGAGGCAUCUACAAGAAUUUCAGAGUGCCUGGAAUAGUCACAGUCUAAGAUCUGCUGGCAACAGAACUCCGCUGCAGCUUUGGUCAAAUCAUGAGAAGGAAGGCUCAAAUCAGAUUGACAUUGAUGAUGAAGUCAGGGAAGAUAUUCAAGGGCAACAAGCAGAAGGUGUUCAUGUUCCUGAGUUGGAUAUGCCUCGAGGCUUGACCGAAGAAGAGCUGGCAACACUACCAAACCCGGAUGUACCUUUCUCAGAUGCAUUAUCUGUCUACAUGGAAACCGUUCUUGCUGUAAAACAAAUGAUUGGUGAAUCAUAGUCUUCUCUUUGCGAAGUCUGGUACGUUAUUCCACUGCAUUUCUGAGCGUUUUAGUCGACGUUGUUCCUGGUUCUUGAUCUCUGCCCGUGUCCUAGUGUUCCUAUUUCUGCCUCACCCUCUGGACUUGUCUGUUUGUUGGAUUGCCUGCCUGUGUAUGACCUUUGCCUGUAUUUUGAUUACGAUUCUGAAUAACACUUAAAAUAAACUGCAUUUGGAUCCUCAAACU